CGCAGUCAGUCGAUUUUUCUGCACGGUUCGGUCCGGUCGCGCACCGUUUCGACAGUCUUUUUUUUUGUUUCAGUUUUGACAAAACCCACAAAAGUGCACGCAGUGUUUCGAAACCAUAUUGGUUGGUCGCUGCUUCUUGAAAAACGAUUCACUUAUCGCGUAAUCGCGUCUCCUGGCUCGUUUGAGGGUGGAGGAAAAAAGAAGGCGUGCGUGUGUGCCAUCAUUACAGCAGAUUACAACAUCCUGCUUCUACAGUGUUGUUUCGUUCUGUUUCGCGCAGCCUGCUUGGUUUAGUGGCCACCACAUCACUAAGUUUGUGGUGAUUCCCAGUAAGGGAAAAGGAAUUUGGCGAACCGCGUAGAUUCCGUGACCUUUAAGACCCAGAACCAGCGAAGAGUUGCAGCAGUUCGAACUCCCGAACAAAGAGCUGAAGGCGAAAAAAAAACCUCACGCGACAUACCUCUUGCUGAAUCAAUAACACAGAGGAGGGACUUCCCCCCUCACGGUGAGGACGCGGGGCAAGAGGCCGCGGUCCGCGGGAAGCAAAACAACAAAAUAUCGUACGAUAUCGCGCGGCGCCGCCGUUGCUGCUGAGAGCGCGGGUUCUGCUCUUUUUUGCGUCGCACCCGCUGCUGCUGGGGGACAAAGAGGCAAGAGACUCUGGUUCCACCCUCGCGCGCAACGGAACUCGGGAGAUCACGCCACAGGAUUUUUGCGUGGAAUCGAAACUCGGGGACAUGGACACCGUCGAGACGGCCAACCACUUUGUGGCCUUUGGGGAAGCGUCCAGCGAGCGUGACCUCAAGGCGCAUUUGCUCGGCAACGGCAAGCAGGCUCCUUCAACAAUGUCCACUCCGACGUCCAACGGUCAGCUGCGGUACACGGCCAACAAUAAUCUCAACAAUGGUACCAACAACCACAGCAAACCCGCCAACGGAAAGGUUGCCCAAGCCGCCGACAAGGAAGAAGAGGAACGGUCCGCCCGGCAGUCGCUCAUCAUCCUGGCCGCGAUCUUCUUCACCAGCCUGUUUGCGAUGAUCUACGUGUACGCCAUGUUCCCGAGGCUGGAGGAGUCGGAAAAGCAGUACAUCAAGGUUCCGUUCGAUAUCGAGGAUGCGAAGCAGCUGGGCAGGGUGCUGGACCGGUACAAAGAUCUGUACUAUCUGGAGGUGAUGUUUGGAGUCAUCCUGGUGUACAUUUUCCUGCAAACCUUCGCCAUUCCCGGCUCGCUGUUCCUGUCGAUCCUCAGCGGCUUCCUGUACAACUUCCCGGUCGCCCUCGCGCUGGUCUGCUUCUGCUCGGCGCUGGGCGCCACCCUCUGCUACCUGCUGUCCCAGCUGGUCGGCCGACGCCUCGUCAAGCACUACUUCCCGGCGAAGGCCCGCGACUGGGCCGCCCAGGUCGACAAGCACCGGGAAGAUCUGCUCAGCUACAUGCUGUUCCUGCGGAUGACGCCGUUCCUGCCGAACUGGUUCAUCAACCUGGUCGCGCCCGUCAUCGGCGUGCCGCUGUACCCGUUCGCACUGGGGACGUUCCUGGGCGUGGCCCCGCCCUCCUUCAUUGCCAUCCAGGCCGGCAAGACGCUGUACAAAAUGACCAGCUCGAGCGACGCGUUCAGCUGGGGCUCGGUCACGCUGCUCGCGGCCUUUUCCGUGCUGUCGCUGGUGCCGGUCAUAUUCAAGCGGUACUUCAAGUCCAAGAUCGACUAAGGUCGACGGCGCGGCUAGUCAGAAUCGUUUGGUGGGACACGCGGAAAAAGUGUGAAAACAUAUGAAUAGUAUAAUUCUAGCCAAAGAUAUGUAUAUGUGAAGCUAAAAGUGUUUAGACUUACGGACUAGGUGAAGUGUAGGCUAGGGACGGAGUCGAAGUUUCAGGACAAGAUUCGACUUUUAAAACAUUAAUAGAAAGUGUUGUUUGCGUUGCUGAAAGCCAUAGCGAAAAAGACACACACCAGAAAUGACAUUUUUUCUGAACUAAUUUAAAGUUAAAUUUGUUGAAACCUGUCGAAGUGUUGUGAGAAAAUGCUGAGAAAUUGCUGGUCAACAGAAGGAGCAGCAUAUGGAAGACAAGAAUCCCACUUGAGGUAAGCUGCUGCUGGCGCUGGCGAGUUGCCGUCAGGUUAGUGCAGUUCAACGGUUGUUUUUAUUAUUUUUUAUGUUUUUAAAUGCUACAUAUUAAUAGGAUAUGAUCUUGCGUUUGUUUGUUUGCCUCGUAAAAUCUUGAAAGAAGUGAAAAAAAAACCAAAAAAAAACCUUUUUCAAACAUAUUUUAGUGGUAUUCAAAACAAUCUUCAAGUAUUCAUAUUCGUUUCAAAACCUGAUUAGUGGCUGAUGCACUAAGAGAUGUGUUUUAAUUUUUCGACUCUCCCCGCAAACGUCAAACCACACAAAAUUGCUGCCGGAUCUUUUUCGGAACGGAUCUUUUCCGGAAAAAGAUCCGGCAGCAAUUUGUACUGAUUUGACGUUUGAUGAAGUUUGGCUUUGUUUUUUUUUCUUAACUUAUUUUUAUUAGGUCCUUUUAGGUGAUGUGACCUGGUUGGGACCAAGGAUCUGUAAAAACAAUAUAUAAUAAAAAAACAAAAACAACUCCUUAAAUUCCAUACUUGGAGAUCAUUUAACUGACGAGGGUUACUUGGUCCAAGCGGGUCUUGCAGGUCUUGAACCUGCCGAUGUACUCGGAGAAAGUCCCCCACCGAACUCAGCCGGACUGUAGAGUACCUCCCCGGCUUCCUUCUCCGUGGCUCCACCGAAGCUUGGUUUGGUUUGGUUUGACAAGAUGUUGUUAAAAGCGUGUUUUGACAAGUUGGCAAACAAUUUUUCCCGCAGUGAAAUAGCAGCUAUAGAGGUGAAAAUCGUGACGUCAGAAAUGCACUUAAAUCACUCCAAGUUCAUUUCUGGAUAUUUUUUUUAAUUCACCUUACUCAAUGCGGUUUCAAAAACACCCAAAAAGAAAAAAAAACUGGAAAUUUGGUUUACUGGACCUCUUCAAUAAAAAAAAAAACUCCAGCUUUUAUGAGUGACUUUAACAGUUUCGCCCAGUUUGACAGCUACGCUGUCCCCAGUUUUCUGUGGGAGAGAAAAGGAGGCAAACGCUUUAUGAAAAUCAUACCUGUCAAAAUUCCUAGCCUCAAUUUUUUGUCGCGAAUUGAUUUCCUCUGAUACACGAAGUGAUUUGUUUACCUUUUUUUGAUAUCCUCCGCAAACGUCAUACCAUACCAAAUUGCUGCCGGAUCUUUUACCGGGAGAGAUCCGGAAAAAGAUCCGGCAGCAAUUUAUACUGAUUUGACGUUUGCUGAGGAUGCCGAAUAGUUUGGUUAUGUUCUGCUUGUAAAUGACAAUUGACUGACGCACGAAGUGAUUUGUUUUCAUUUUUUCGACUCCCCCAGCUAACGUCAACCCAUACAAAAUGGCUGCCGGAUCUCUUCCGGAAGCGAUCGGGGAAAAAUUCCGACUGCAAGUUUGUACUGAUUUGACGUUUUUUGGGGGUGUGGAAAAGUUGGGUAAUGUUACUGCUCGCGAAAAAAAAAUAAAACAAUAAGGAGAAAAAAAUGUCAACGAAUCCUAACAAUUAUUUUUCAAUAUACGUAAUUUUUUCUCCAACAAUUACGUUCUAAAAAUAAUGAAAAGGAAUUGUGACAUUUUGACAACAGAUAUGGUUUCGACAAAAUGCUUUUAAUUUGUGCAGAUAUAUUGUCAUUUCAUGAGCAAUAUCAUUUAAGCAGCGCAACAGUUAGUUAUUUUUUUAACAAACUAAGCUACAAAUAUAAGCUAAACUAAACCUUAACUAUUGAACGAAGAAAAGAAACUAUGCAGCUCUGUCUAUUUCGUGAAAGGGAUAAUAUAUUGUACAACAACGAUAACAACAUAAGUUUUUCCCCUAUUUCACAAAAGCACUUCUUCGUUCACUAUAAUAUCAAUAUAUGAAUUUUAAGGGAGAAACAUCAGUCAACAAAAAUAGUAUUACGCACCUAUGCUUCGUCUCAAGUAAGAUCUGGAAGAAUCCACAAACAAAAAAAAGCUUAGACGAAUAGAUUUUAUUAUUUGAAGAAAAAAAAUCGUGUAUCCUAACUGUUCGUGUAAUACCCGAAGUGAAAAGAAAUAGCUAAUUGAUUGAAAUGUGAAAAAACAUGUGAUCGGGUAGAAAAAGGUGGAAAAGGGACACAUUUUACAACAACAGCAACAAACAACAAAACAUAGUCAAGUAAGCACAUGUAAACACUACUGGUAGGGAUGGAAAGAAGUCGAAAACAAAAAAAAACAUCAGUGAAGUGUGACACUGAGCAUAGUCAGAGGGAAAAGCAAACUAGUAACCAAUAAAACAAAAGGUUCAAUGAUAAAACAACCGUUUUAUGCAAGCGUUUCACAAUUAAGGGCAAAUCCACGGUGAAACGAUUCUCAAAAUAAGGCAAACAGCACUGUGAAAGUGGUUUACGCUAGUGAAAAAUAAACGAAUAUGUGAAAAACAAAA